AUGCGGCCCGACUCCUCCUGGGACGCCGCCGCUCGUUUCUCGACUCCUUCAAAGUUCGGCCGUCUCCCCCAUCAGCGCGAGUCCUCUCUGUCGUCCCUGGGUUCGACGGGGCCGGCGUCGCCCUUCAACUCGCACAUCGCGAACCCUCAAAUCGCCGUCACGGACGCCAACGGUGACGGCUUCAUGGACAUGCAUCACGACAUGUCUACCAUGACCUCAGCCAGCCCCUACUACCACCACCUGGUCAAGACGAUGCCGCCAUACUCAAACUUCCACCAUCUCGACAACGGCUCCAUCAGCGACAUGGCGUAUCCCGUCUCCCUCCCGACGGGCAACCACCAGAAGCCGCGACAGGAGCGCAACCUCCUCCCCGCCCCCGAGUUCGCCAACGGCUUGACAAGAUCCCACCCUGCCUCCGUGGCAAGCUCAAUAGCUGGCGACUCGCCCGCCACGCCCAUCACCGGCGAGAUGGAGCUGACUGACAGGCGAAGGCAAGGUCAAGGCAACGGCACCGUCCCCAAGCUCGACCGCACAAUGACAGACGUCUACGGCGACGAGCUCUACAACCCAAACUUCACAAUCACCUCGUCCCCCCAGCAGAGCCAGGUCACGACGGCGCCCAGCGACGUCUUCAACCAGCGCAUCAGUGCCGCGAAUAGCCAGCACCUCAGCACCAUGCGCCAUUCGCCCGCCUCGAGCAUCUCUCGAGACAUCUCUCCCUUCCGCCACGGGUCCCCACUUGCCCCUUCGCCACUGCACGACUGGGCUGCCUCCCAGGGCAGCAUGGCUGUCAACUCCCAGCCGCGGAUGGCCGCUCAGGACCACCGCAACGGCCAGCACGAUGCCCACUUCUUCCAGCAGCAGAUGGCCAAGACAACACAGCCCGGAACGCCCCAGACCAUUUCGCCCAAGGAUGCCGUGCUCGAGUUCAACGAGUCGGGCGAGGAGAACAACAUGCCCCUCUUCUCUCAGACUCCCAUCAACUUUGGCAUGGACCACAUGGGCAGGAUAGUGUCCGAGGGAGGCGCAAACGGUUCCGCUGCAGGAGCAGGAGCUCCCAACUAUGGCCAGGGCGAUCACAUGCACAACUUGCCACAGCACGCCCAGGUACAGGUGCCGCAGCGAUAUCCGUUUAUCCCUUACCCGCCAACCAGCCAGGACGCAUCCGCCUCGCAGUUGAGCUCGGCAGACUCCAACUCAACCGGAUCUGCGUCCUACAACACCCCGGCUCCCCAGAGCCGGCCGGCUGGUGCCAACGCGGAUGGAGGCACGUAUACUUGCACAUAUCACGGCUGCACGCUACGGUUUGAAACUCCCAGCUUGCUGCAGAAGCACAAGCGCGAGGGCCACCGGCAGUCGCACGGGCUUGCAGGUGCUCGCCCGCACCACGACCACAUGGGCAUGACCUCGAGCCUCCUCAACAGCCAGGCUGGACCCCACCGCUGUGAUCGCAUCAACCCGAGCACGGGGAAGCCGUGCAAUACCAUCUUCUCGCGGCCGUACGACCUGACACGGCACGAGGACACGAUUCACAACGCCAAGAAGCAAAAGGUGCACUGCAACCUGUGCACGGAGGAGAAGACGUUCAGUCGCGCCGAUGCGCUGACGAGGCACUAUCGAGUCUGCCACCCAGACGUCGAGCUGCCCGGCAAGCACCGACGUCGUGGUGGGGCUUGA